AUAUUCACCAUUCAAAAGGAUCAUGAAUUCAUGGUGUGCUUCUGCUAUUAAUCAGUUCGUGAUGAUUACCUGUAAUGGAGUCGGAGAGGCGGAUGCUCGGCAGAGGGUUUUGGUGGUGGCGGGAUUCAGGAAUGGAGGCGGAAGCUCGGCUCGGCAGAGGGUUUUGGUGGUGGCGGGGCGGCCGUCGCCAGGCGGAUUGGGGGUCGGGAGUUGGGAUGGGAAGUGGAGAUGAGGAGUGGCGGAGAGAUUGGCGUGGCGGCGGCGAUGGGAAGUGGGACUGGGAAAUGAGAAAUGUCUCUGGGAAGAAGAGGGAAGGAAGUGGGCUGGCGGGAUUCAGGAAUGGAGGCGGAAGCUCGCCUCAGCAGAGGGUUUUGGUGGUGGCGGGGCGGCCGUCGCCAGGCAGAUUGGGAGUCGCCGAGUCGGGAGUUUGAUGGGAAGUGGAGAUGAGGAGUGGUGGAGAGAUUGGCGUGGCGGCGGCGAUGGGAAGUGGGACUGGGAAAUGAGAAUCGUCUCUGGGAAGAAGAGGGAAGGAAGUGGGCUGGGAGUGGGAGGUCGCAUUCGACUUGGUAAUUUGGGGGUAGGGUUAGACAGAGAUGUAUGUCCGGGUACCCACGGGUCGGGUUCCCCCAAACCCGAACCCGCCCCAACCCGCCCAACCAGCCACCGAGUUUAAACCCGAACCCGGCCCGAACCCGGUCAACACGGAUUUUACCCGGUUUGACCGGGUUGGGUCGGGUACCCGCGGGUCCGGGUUGAACUGCCAUCCCUAGCUGGGAGUGGGAGGUCGCAUUCGACUUGGUAAUUUGGGGGUAGGGUUAGACAGAUGUAUGUCCGGGUACCCACGGGUCGGGUUCCCCCAAACCCGAACCCGCCCCAACCCGCCCAACCAGCCACCGGGUUUAAACCCGAACCCGGCCCGAACUCGGUCAACACGGAUAUUACCCGGUUUGACCGGGUUGGGUCGGGUCGGGUACCCGCGGGUCCGGGUUGAACUGCCAUCCCUAUUCUUGUUUCUUUUCCCCCUUAAAGAUGAAGGUUCACGUUUCAUGUUAUAUAGGCAUGAUCGAUCUAUCAUCUUUCAACAACUUGAAUUUUCACCUAAUUUUAUAGUAUUUAACGACAAACAAAAUUUGUGUUCGAAUUUACGUGACUUUUCAAUAUUAGCAAUCAAUUUAAUUAAGAUCUAUUCAAAUCUUUCUUAACAAUUUAAAUUAUUGAAAUAAAUUGAAUCUCGACAGAAGGCAAAUCCCCUUCUAGAAAACUUCAACUUCUUACUACAGAUCAUCACACAAACAACCAAAUAUAUCUAGUGGUGCAUGAUAGAGAAUCCUGGAGUGUCAGUUUAUGAUAAGAAGUAGUCGUGCUCUUUUUUUCUUCCCCAUUGGAAGGUCCUAAUCAAUCGAUCGAUCGAUCUUGAUAAAGAAGACAAGGUCUACUCACUUCCAAUAAUUUUGGUCACAGUCGUCUUUCUAUGCUUCUGAUAAUGGCAUCGGUUCCUUUCAAUUAUUAUUAUAGUGUUAGUUAGACCCACAAAAUUUGUGUUCCUUGUUCCAUCUGUAAGCCUGAAAGUUAAGGCAACAUGUAAGAGAGACAGACGUCGUCGUUUCUACCCAAGAAGAACAAUAGUAAAGUGUUGAUAUUUAGUUGUUACGUACGGUGGUAAUUAUUUUAAUAGAUAGUAUUUGAAUAAUUUAGUUUGAUUGAUUUGGAUAAUUAGUUUGGUUUGAUUAAAAAUUUUAACUUGGUUAGUUUGAUUCGCACACUACUUACCAAUCAAACCAAUUAAUCAAUACAUCUAAUAUAUUAUACGCCUCACACUUAAUAAAUUACGCAACCACUAAAGAGUAUAUUGUUCCUAACUUUUGAACCCAUACAAAAGUAAACCUCGCAAAUAUUCCUAUGUUUUAUUUAUUCUUAUAGAAUGUAGACAACAAAAUAGGAAUCCUAGUUAAGAUCAAGUGCAUACAAUAUUGUGUUUUAUGAAAACAUUAAAUAAAGGGGUUUUCAGUCUCUCAUAACUAUGAAGAGAUUAAGAUAAUUGUUUUGGAUGUAAGCAUUAAUUAAUGGGUUUUUUUCAGUCUCUCAUCACCUCGUACCGUUGUUAUAUAUUUUUGUUAGGUGACUACUAAUAAUUGAAAGAUAAUUUUUUUUUUUUGAUAAGGGUGAUGUAUGUUUUGUUUUUGUAGUUAGAUGCUACUAAAGAGAUUCGAAUCUAGCAAAAAUCUUAAGUUUCAUGACCAUUGAUAUUAUCACUGGACCAAAUCCUUAUAUGCUCUACAGGAUUUGGAAGAGUCGGAAUUGGAUGGUGUUUCAACCAUAUGCAGUAUGAUCUGCAAGUACAUAUUUGAGUGGUUGGCUUUACAGCGACUUGUACAGGGUCCACGGAUGGGAGAUGGAGGUGCACGAGGGGUGACUCAGGGUGGGCUUCCCGCGGUGCCUGUUGCUAUGUGGAUGGUGCGGUGGUGACAGUUUUUUAUUAGGGUUGGCUAUUUGGUCCGGGUUUUUUGGUUUUAUCCGAAAUCGGACCGUAUAAUCCGGAUCGAGACCGGAUAGUAAACAAUCCAAUCCAAUCUUUGGGCUUAGAUUUGAGGUAAAAAACCGUUUGGGACCGGAUCAAGGACCGGAUAAGAGAGCUCAACACCCAAAACUUAAGGGUAAUUUGCAUAAAUGGUCGCAAGCCUUUGCACUUAGUACAAAACUUAACCAACUCCUCACCCUUUCAGGCCUUAGGCCACUCAAAUCCCCACAAGCUCAAUAUAAAAUCAUGACCGAAUUGGGACCGGAUCGGGUCAAGACCGAACUGGAUCAAGACCGGACUGUAUCCAAUCCAAUCUUUGAUCCUUAUAUUUUCAAAAAGACUGGAUUGGAACGGAUCAAUUUGGGACAAUUUAACCGGAUCGGACCGUAUAGCCACCCCUAGUUCUUAUGGUGUAGGGGGAUUAGUAGUGCAGGCUGUUGAUGGUUCUAUUAUAUAUGUCGAGUGUUUUUUUUUCUUAUGCAGGAUUGCAGGAUCCGUUCUUGGUGGAGUUGGUGGCUUUUUGAGAUGUCAUUCAGUGGUGAUCCACGAAGAGAAUACCGAGGUCACAUUUCGUGGUGAUGCACAGAGAGUAUCAAUUAGGAGAUCGGAGAUGCCUGAGGCUUGGGGAGGGGCGGAGGGCGAAUUCUUGAAGACAUCAUAAAUCUACGACAACAAUAUUGUUGCUUUGAUAUUUCGUUUGUUGGCAGGCUAAACAACCGGGUGGCCCAUGAGGGAGCUAGGAAUCCUUUCGCUGUUUUUAGUGAUUGUAGAUAGUAUUGAUUUUAAACAGUGUGAAUAAUUGAUAAAUUUGCAUAAAUAAUGUAUGGCGAAUGCUGUGUCGAAUUUCUAUGUUGGAUUCACAGUGAGAAUGCCUCUUAUAUUUGAAUGGCAAUGCAAGAUAAAUAGUAUAUAGUAGGAAAAGGAAUUCAAAGUACAAUCGAAAUCUAUCUCUGGUUGAUCUGAUCCACUUCCCAUAUACAUAGGUACAUCAUUGCAAAUUGCAAUGCGCUAUUGGCUCGUCAGAGAAAUUGUUGAGUUGAUUUCAAUCCAAGUGCAAGUGGAAGAGUUAUUCACGAUAUUGCUUUAAAACUAUAUCACAGUUGAUUAUUGUAGUUUUUACCCCGUUUAAUUAUUUAUGUAUAGAAAAUAGGUGGUGGAACUUCAGUGCAAGUGGAAGAAAUUGUACACGAUAGUGCCCUAGCUAAAGCUAUAACACAAAUGAUAGUUGCAGUAAGACUUAGAGGUAUAAUAUGCCACUCUACUAUGACGUUUUAUCAAAUGUUUCGCUUUAUUAUUUCUUACAUCAAACAUGCCUCUAUACUUUGGGAAAAUUAUCAAACAUGCGCUUUUGUUAAAAUUUACAUUGAAAAAAUCAUCAAACAUGGUUGAACCGAGAUUUAGACAACCCGACAUCGACAAAUGAGAGAAACAAAUUCAGUUUUGUCCCCUGUUUUAUUUCCCCUAGGUCUCCUCAAAGUGAAAUUAUUAGAAUAUUUGGCUAUAUAAAAAAGAACCAAAAAAUUCUAAAGUGAAAUUAUUAGGGAUAUGUUAGACAUUUGUACAGCCCGAACCAAAAUUUGACCAUGAUUAAUGGUUUUUGGAUGAAAAUUUUAACAGAAUGUCAUGUUUGCUAAUUUUUCCAAAAUACAGGGGUAUAUUUGAUGUAAAAUAUAGUAAAGGAGCAUAUUUGAUAAAACAUCAUAGUAGAGUGGUAUAUUAUACGUAUAAUCCUUCUAGUAAUAAUGGGUGGGGUAUGUAUGUGUUUUUUUUACCAAGGAAAUUUGUUUAUCGAUUUCCUGUUGGGGGCAUGUUUUAUAUUACAUGCGGCAACAGAAGUCGCUUCAAGCCAAAAAAUUAUUAUGAAUUUUCGUCUUACAUUUUUUUUUGUCGGAAAAUAACAUUUAUUAUUUAAAUAUAUUUAGGUGUACUUUAAAUAUAAACAUCUCAAUUGGUUCACCGUACGGUGUUAAGAUUGAUCCUCAAAAGAGGGUAAAAAUUAUAUGAUGAGAUGAGUCUCCGUCAAUGAUAAAAUAGUUAGAAUCAUCAAGUAGAGAUUUAUUCAAUGCAUGUUCUGCCCAUUGUCAUUGUGAUAUGAGUGGUUUUUCCAACCGUACUAACUACUAAGUGAGAACAAAUAGUUGUGAAAAGAUAUUAAUAAGAAUAAAUUAUCAUUAUAUCUUACUUUGAUCCCCAUACUUAGCAAUGUGAUCAUAAAGUUAAAAAUAAAAUAAUGUAUUCUUAAAGCUUAGAAAACCAGCGAAAACACUCUAGUCUUUACUAACACAAAAGAGUAACAAAGUCACAUAGUGCAAGACAAUAAAAUGGAAGUGAAGUAAUCAUUGAUGAUGUUUCGUUGUCUAAUAGAUGUUGUGACAACUUAUUUGAAUGGAUCCAUUAUAUCUACAUGAAACUCCCUGAAUAAUUCACUUUGUCGAAAACUUUUCAAUUAAAUUGAACAUAUCAUUGUAUGGAUUGCAACAAUGUGGAAGAAUGUAUGUAUAAGAGAUCACCCUCUGUACCCAAAAUGAUUUGAUGGAGUGGUUUGACCAUACUUUCUAUUUGACAGUUAGUAAAGGAACUACAUCAAACAAUUUUAAGAGAAUUGUCGGAGUACACCUAUUGGUUGAAAUUGUAUUUUUCCUGUUUAAAUUAUAUAUUUUUCUUACGAUUUGUAUGUUUUCAACUCUAUAGUUAUAUAAUUGAAAAUAUAUAUAUUUAUGUAUGUCGGUUCUAAAAAACUAUUAUCUUGUGAUUAUCUUGUUCAUUUUUUACAUUGAAUUAUAGAUAUCUUAUUAUAUUAUAUUAAUAAAACGCUUAUGGGAUA